CCUACCGCGCGACGCAGCGCCUGCCAGUGACGUUGUGGGCUGCAGCGCUGCAGCACUCAACGCAGUGAGUGUGCUGUGACCUCCUGCGCGCCCUCGUCCCUGGUCUUAGUUUCCACCGGGCAGUGGGAGUCAGGACCGUCUGUCCUCAGGCCCCUCCUCAGCGACUGUGGCGGCUGCAGCAGGGAGGAAGAGGGAGCUUCCCCUGAAGACCCUCCUGGACCAGCCCCAGGCUCCUGUGCUCGUGAGGCCGAGGGAGAGGGAUGUCGGCAUAGGACACGGAGCAGGAUUUCCGUUUUAGAGGCAGCCGGACCUGUCUUCAGGUCCCUUCCUUGGUUGCACUCCAGGGCCUGUACUUACCACCACCACGUGCCACGGGACUCUAAGGAGGAAUGGCGGCCGUGGGCAGCCUGCUUGGCCUGCUGAGGCAGAGCACCGUGAAGGCCACCGAACCUGCACUCCGCCACCUGCACACAUCCUCCUGGCAGGCCGACAGCAGCAGGGCCUCACUCAGUCGUGUGCACCGCCAAGCUUAUGCACGACUCUACCCUGUACUGCUGGUGAAGCAGGAUGGCUCCACCAUCCACAUCCGCUACAGGGAGCCGCGGCGCAUGCUGGCGAUGCCCAUAGAUCUGGACACCUUGUCUCCUGAGGAACGCCGGGCCAGGCUGCGGAAGCGUGAGGCUCAGCUCCAGCCGAGGAAGGAGUACGAGCAAGAGCUCAGUGAUGACUUUCAUAUGGAGCACUACCAACAGUUCUGGAACAGGACCAAGAAGUGACCGUGGCUCCAGCCACCCCGGGACGUUGAUAAGAUGGGAGGGCUGUUCUUAAAUCACAUAUUCUCGAAGCUGCCA